AUGCUUUUUCAGGAAGGUUCAAUGAUGUCACGAUUCGUUCUUGUUUUUCUGCCGUUGCUGUUGGCCGUCUCCCUCCUACAAGAAAGGUUUGAGCACUCUAUUAUUAUAAUGAUGACGGACUUUCACUCCAUGGUCUUCAUCCUCAAAAUGUCCACUUUUCAUUCUUCCGAAUGCUUUGGGUUAUUUAUCGUUUCAUGGUAAUACUGAUUUCACUAAAAACGUAAGAUUUUUGGAAAUUUCUCAUAAUUUCCGACAAAUGAUGUGAGAUAAAAUGGGUUGAAAGAGAAAUCGAAAUGAAGGGCAGAAUGACAUAUAUUAUUUAGCAAUUAAUGAAUGAGACUGAGUAGGAUAUGAAGAAUUAAGCAGAUCACGGAGGGUGUUAUCCACCGAGGCCGCUGUUUUUGCCAUGUUUUUAUUUAUUAUUUCGCCUAGUUUCAGCUGUAGUUCUUCCUCUUGAAACGAGUGAAUUGUCCGCCAUUUUUUUUUCACAACCAAAACAACUCAACCUCGUCCCCAGGUCGUCUCGGUAACAGUGCCUUAACCUGCAGCGGACUGCAUUUUUGACGUCAUUUCCUCGUUAAACACAAAAUUCUUCCAAUUUGGUCAUCAGUAACUGGUUAUGGUGAAUUCCUGGUUUAAAAACAAGCUAUAACAUGCUUACCUUCAUCGAUGUUAAGUUCACCUCGAUAGCGCCUAUUUGGAAGAUGAAGGGCUGUUCAGGUCUGCAAAUAUACUCCAAAUAGCAGAUGUUGUCCGUCGAAUUGUCUUCUUGGUGUGUUUUUGAACAAUAGUUCGUCGUGAAACGAGUAAAAUGUUCCGCCAACUGUUCGGCCAUUUUUCUUUUCACAACCAAAACAACUCAAUCUGUCCCCAGGUCGUCUGGGUUAACAGUGCAUUAACCUGCAACUGUGCUGCAGUUUUGACGUCAUCGGUUGAUUAAACGCAAAAUUCUUUUAAAUUUGGUCAACAGUCGCUGGUUAUGGUGAAUUAUGCGUGUGCUUUUAGCAUAUCAGAAACGGACAAAUAUUUUGAGUGAAUAAUAAUAACAUUUAUUCUCCUGCUGCAAGAAAAGGAAAUGCGGAAUCACAUAAACGCAAAAAAUCUUUAAUAACUACAACAACAACAAAACCGAUCAUGAUACUAGAUAUGGCCACCAAAAAUUACGCAGAAUAAUGCAUUCGUCAUUUCCAAAUUAGGCUUAAUUUGAUUCAUGACACAAAAUCCAAAUUCGACCCCUCAAAGUAGUCAUACAAAAAGAAAAAGAAAACUUUAAAAAAUAAGGUGUCUAAUAAUAUUAAGAAGUUAAAACAUUUCUUAUCUUUCCGCCAGAUAGCCAUCACAUAUCAAAUAUAUGCCAAGUAGUAUUUAUCGACCAAAUUCUUGAUUACUUUCAAAAAACAAACAAAACAAAAACCAGUAACAAUGACGACAAUGAAAUAUUAAAUUAAAUAUUGUUAAACAAGAAAUGGGUCGAUGAUUUAUGGGUAGAACUCAUCUCCUGUCUUACAUAUCGGUUCCAAACAGUUAAAAAGUCUGUGUUUUGUGUUGUUUUGAUUUAUUUUUGUUAAGUAUUAUUAAAGCACAUAUUAUCCUCUAAAUGGCUCCAAUUUUCUUGGUUAUGUUUCAGUGAUGCUGCCUCUUUAAAGCGGGACGCAAAGAAGCUUGAUUCAGGCUAUUACUAGUACGUAUGGAAAUAUGUUUGCAGCAAAAAAUUUUUAUCUUUUGACAACAAAAACAACAUCCCUCAAGUUACCGGAGGAACUAAAUGACCACGAAAAAAAGAGGAAACAGCUUUUAAAGCGCUAUCAAUAAAUACGACAACUUGACUUGAUUCAAAACCAUAUCACAAUUUUUACCCGUAGGCUGUGCAGACAGUAAUGUUAGAAUAAUAUAUCAACGUUAAAAAAAAUGAAUUAUACUUAAUUGAUAUUUCUAAGCUACUGUUAAUAUACAACAACAAGAAAAAAACUUCUCCACUAUAAAAGGGUCGCUCGCCUGUCUGAGCUCUCCUGGGCGAGCCAACUAUGAUUUCCAAACAAAACUUGGCGACAAGUUUACCUUGAAAAAGAGAACGUUGGGACGGCUAGAAGAGUUGCCUACCUACCCCGGUUACCCUUUUUAUAUUGUAGGGUCAAACUACAAGAAGGGGUUUCUGGGUUGGAAUCAUCAUUGUGUAAUACUAGGUUAUGUUUCACUGAUGCUGUCUGAUAUUAUUAUAACUUUAAUGAGAGGAAACACAAAAUAACAUUGUUUCAAUCAGUUUCAACGACAAAGAUGAAUUUAUAGUUUUCUGGGUUGGGCGCAAACCAGAUAGCGCUCAUAUUCUCCACUCUACAAUGAUGGUUCCAACAAAAUAAAUGAAGUGGUUUGUAUUGGUAAUAAAGGCAAAAUAUAAACUUUCCGUUUAUGAUACAAUUGUCACGGUUAUGUUUCAGUGAUUAUUACGAUGACAAGAAGGACGCAAACAAGCUUGAUUCAGGCUAUUACUAGUACGUAUAUAUGAAAAAAUAUUUGCAGAAUUGAUUUGAAAUCUUUAAAUUUAACUUCAAAUCGACUCUAUUUGAAGAAGUUAUCAGAGGAAACAAAUGACCAACACCAAAAGAAGAGAAAACACAGCUUUUUAAGCACUAUCAAUAUAUACGACAACUUGACUUACAUAAACGUUCCGUUUAUGACGCAAUUGUCACGGUUAUGUUUCAGUGAUUCCGGUUAUUAUUACGAUGACAAGAAGGACGUAAAGAAGCUUGAUUCAGGCUAUUACUAGUAAGUAGAAAAAAAAAAAUGUCGGUAUUUUCCUACAUUUCCAAAGAAAACUUGGCGAACAGUUUACAUCAAAAACAUGAAAUUGGCUUUCCUAGACUGGUGACACGCCUUCAGCCGGGUCACCGUUAUUCGAUAGUAGGGACACGCUCCUAGCAGUGGUUUUCUGGAUUAGACACAUCAGUGCCUUGGAUGUUUUUCAGCGACGUUCCCUUUAUAAACUAUAAACUUUCCGUUUUUGAUAAAAUUGUCUCGGUUACGUUACACCGAUUCUGGUUAUUAUUAGGUCAAACUCCGAGCAGGGGUUGCUGGGUUGGAAUAAUCAUUGUCUGUUAAUAAGUUAUGUUUCAUUGAUGCUGUCUGAUAAUAUUAUAACUUUAAUAAGAGGAAACACAAAAUAACAUGGUUUGAAACACUAUCAAAGGCAGCGAUGACUUUAUAGUUUUCUGGGUUUGGCGCAUCAUAUUCUCCUGUCUACAAUGAUGAUUCCAACAAAAUAAAUGGAGUGCUUUUUUUGGGAAAUAAAAGUGAAAUAUAAACUUUCUGUUUUUGAUACAAUUGUCCUGGUUAUGUUUCAGCGAUUCUGGUUAUUAUUACGAUAACAAGAAGGACAAGAAGGAGGCAAACAAGCUUGAUUCAGGCUAUUACUAGUACGUACGGUAAAAUAAAAUACAAUUUAAAAAAAUUAAAAAAAAAAUUGACCUCUGUGAAAGGGUAAUCCGCCUGCCUGAGCUCCUCUGAGCGAGCCAACUUUCAUUUUUAUACAAAACUAGCUAAAACUUGGCCAACAGUUUAGAUUCAGAAAAAGAAAGUAGGCUCGGCUAGAGGAGUGACGUGACUCGCCUUGCCGGGUUACCCUUUUUUGAUUGUAGCUUCAAACUCCGAGCAGGGGUUUCUGGGUUAGAAUCAUUAUUGUAUAUUACUAAGCUAUGUUUCAGUGAUGCUGCUUGAUAUUAUUGUAACUUUAAUAAGACGAAUCACAAAAUAACAUUGUUUGAAACACUGUCAACGACAACGAGAACUUUAUUUGUUUUUAGGCUGGGCGCAUCUGCCGUCUAUAAUGAUGGUUCCAACAAAAUAAUUUUUAUAUGGAGUGGUUUUUAUUGCUAAUAAAAAACGAUAUAUAACUUUCGGUUUAUGAUACAUUGUUUCGGUUAUAUUUCAGCGAUACUGGUUAUUAUUAUGAUGACAAGAAGUAUAAAAAGGAGCUUGAUUCAGGCUAUUACUAUAUAUAUAUAUAUAUAUAUAUAUGAAAAACUGUUUGCAGCAUUAAAAAAUUUUUAAAUUUAACACUUAACCAACUCUAUUACAGAGUUGUCUAUUACUAAGUUAUGUUUCAGUAGUGCUGGCUGAUAUUAUUAUAACUUUAAUACGAUUAUGACACUGUUUUCAUACCUUUAAUAAUUCUUUUAGUAAUAAUGGCAAAAUAUAUACUUUCUGUUUAUAAUACAACUGUCACGGUUAUGUUUCAGUGAUUCCGGUUAUUAUUACGAUGACAAGAAGGACGCAAAGAAGCUUGAUUCAGGCUCCAAUAGCUACUAGUAAGUAAUAAUAAUAAUAACUGUUUAUUCACAAAUCCAAAUCGGAAAGUGAAAAGGAGAUAAAAGAGGUUAUCCAUUUCUAGUUUAUCUCCUGAUAAUAAAAUACAUUAAGAAAUAAAUUAUUUACAACUGUUUAAAAUAGUAACUAUAUAUGUAUAUAAAACUUCACACAGUAAAAGAACUUAGUGUUCACUAGGAAAAUCUGUAAGAUAACGUCUCAGUCUGUUCUUGAAAAUAUUCAAAUUCUCCGCCUCGGCAACUUCCUUUGGAAGAUUGUUCCACUUAUCUAUUAUGCGUAUUAAGAAAGAAUGUUUAAAACUAUUUAAAAUUGCUGAUGCAAGCUUAACUUUAAAACGAUGGUUGGCUCUUAAGGGCCGAAAAUCAUGUGCAAAUGUGAAAAAUGCUGAGGGAUCAAGUCCAUUAAGUCUAUUUAUUGUCUUAUAACACUCGAUAAGCGACGGAAAUAAUCUUCUUUGUAGAAGAAAAUGUAGAUGAAAAAAAUGAAAAGUAGAAAAAAAAUGACGGUAUUUUCCCACAUUUCCAAAGAAAACUUGGCGAACAGUUUACAUGAAAAAUAUGAAAUUGGCUUUCCUAGACUUGUGACACGCCUUCAGCCGGGUCACUGUUUCUCGAUAGUAGGGACACGCACCUAGCAGUAGUUUUCUGGAAUAGACACAUCAGUGCCUUAGAUGUUUUUCAGCGAUGCUCCCUUUUAUCAUGAUAAGUUUCAUAUGGAAAAUGCAACUAAAAUUUAAAAGAAACAAAAAAUCACUUAGUUUGAAACAUGAUCAACGACAGAAACGACUUAAUAGUUUUCUGGGUUGAACACAUCUCCUGUACUUAGAAACGGUUCCAACAAAAUAAAUGGAGUGGUUUUUAUUGGUAAUAAAAACGAAAUAUUUAUAAACUUUCCUUUUAUGAUAAAAUUGUCUCGGUUAUGUUUCAGCGAUUCUGGUUAUUAUUACGAUGACAAAAAGGACGCAAAGAAGCUUGAUUCAGGCUCCAAUAGCUACUAGUAAGUAAUAAUAAUAAUAACUGUUUAUUCACAAAUCCAAAUCGGAAAGUGAAAAGGAGAUAAAAGAGGUUAUCCAUUUCUAGUUUAUCUCCUGAUAAUAAAAUACAUUAAGAAAUAAAUUAUUUACAACUGUUUAAAAUAGUAACUAUAUAUGUAUAUAAAACUUCACACAGUAAAAGAACUUAGUGUUCACUAGGAAAAUCUGUAAGAUAACGUCUCAGUCUGUUCUUGAAAAUAUUCAAAUUCUCCGCCUCGGCAACUUCCUUUGGAAGAUUGUUCCACUUAUCUAUUAUGCGUUUUAAGAAAGAAUGUUUAAAACUAUUUAAAAUUGCUGAUGCAAGCUUAACUUUAAAACGAUGGUUGGCUCUUAAGGGCCGAAAAUCAUGUGCAAAUGUGAAAAAUGCUGAGGGAUCAAGUCCAUUAAGUCUAUUUAUUGUCUUAUAACACUCGAUAAGCGACGAAAAUAAUCUUCUUUGUAGAAGAAAAUGUAGAUGAAAAAAAUGAAAAGUAGAAAAAAAAUGACGGUAUUUUCCCACAUUUCCAAAGAAAACUUGGCGAACAGUUUACAUGAAAAAUAUGAAAUUGGCUUUCCUAGACUUGUGACACGCCUUCAGCCGGGUCACUGUUUCUCGAUAGUAGGGACACGCACCUAGCAGUAGUUUUCUGGAAUAGACACAUCAGUGCCUUAGAUGUUUUUCAGCGAUGCUCCCUUUUAUCAUGAUAAGUUUCAUAUGGAAAAUGCAACUAAAAUUUAAAAGAAACAAAAAAUCACUUAGUUUGAAACAUGAUCAACGACAGAAACGACUUAAUAGUUUUCUGGGUUGAACACAUCUCCUGUACUUAGAAACGGUUCCAACAAAAUAAAUGGAGUGGUUUUUAUUGGUAAUAAAAACGAAAUAUUUAUAAACUUUCCUUUUAUGAUAAAAUUGUCUCGGUUAUGUUUCAGCGAUUCUGGUUAUUAUUACGAUGACAAAAAGGACGCAAAGAAGCUUGAUUCAGGCUCCAAUAGCUACUAGUAAGUAAUAAUAAUAAUAACUGUUUAUUCACAAAUCCAAAUCGGAAAGUGAAAAGGAGAUAAAAGAGGUUAUCCAUUUCUAGUUUAUCUCCUGAUAAUAAAAUACAUUAACAAAUAAAUUAUUUACAACUGUUUAAAAUAGUAACUAUAUAUGUAUAUAAAACUUCACACAGUAAAAGAACUUAGUGUUCACUAGGAAAAUCUGUAAGAUAACGUCUCAGUCUGUUCUUGAAAAUAUUCAAAUUCUCCGCCUCGGCAACUUCCUUUGGAAGAUUGUUCCACUUAUCUAUUAUGCGUAUUAAGAAAGAAUGUUUAAAACUAUUUAAAAUUGCUGAUGUAAGCUUAACUUUAAAACGAUGGUUGGCUCUUAAGGGCCGAAAAUCAUGUGCAAAUGUAAAAAAAUGCUGAGGGAUCAAGUCCAUUAAGUCUAUUUAUUGUCUUAUAACACUCGAUAAGCGACGAAAAUAAUCUUCUUUGUAGAAGAAAAUGUAGAUGAAAAAAAUGAAAAGUAGAAAAAAAAUGACGGUAUUUUCCCACAUUUCCAAAGAAAACUUGGCGAACAGUUUACAUGAAAAAUAUGAAAUUGGCUUUCCUAGACUUGUGACACGCCUUCAGCCGGGUCACUGUUUCUCGAUAGUAGGGACACGCACCUAGCAGUAGUUUUCUGGAAUAGACACAUCAGUGCCUUAGAUGUUUUUCAGCGAUGCUCCCUUUUAUCAUGAUAAGUUUCAUAUGGAAAAUGCAACUAAAAUUUAAAAGAAACAAAAAAUCACUUAGUUUGAAACAUGAUCAACGACAGAAACGACUUAAUAGUUUUCUGGGUUGAACACAUCUCCUGUAUUUAGAAACGGUUCCAACAAAAUAAAUGGAGUGGUUUUUAUUGGUAAUAAAAACGAAAUAUUUAUAAACUUUCCUUUUAUGAUAAAAUUGUCUCGGUUAUGUUUCAGCGAUUCUGGUUAUUAUUACGAUGACAAAAAGGACGCAAAGAAGCUUGAUUCAGGCUCCAAUAGCUACUAGUAAGUACUAAAAAUAAUAACUGUUUAUUCACAAAUCCAAAUCGGAAAGUGAAAAGGAGAUAAAAGAGGUUAUCCAUUUCUAGUUUAUCUCCUGAUAAUAAAAUACAUUAACAAAUAAAUUAUUUACAACUGUUUAAAAUAGUAACUAUAUAUGUAUAUAAAACUUCACACAGUAAAAGAACUUAGUGUUCACUAGGAAAAUCUGUAAGAUAACGUCUCAGUCUGUUCUUGAAAAUAUUCAAAUUCUCCGCCUCGGCAACUUCCUUUGGAAGAUUGUUCCACUUAUCUAUUAUGCGUAUUAAGAAAGAAUGUUUAAAACUAUUUAAAAUUGCUGAUGUAAGCUUAAGUUUAAAACGAUGGUUGGCUCUUAAGGGCCGAAAAUCAUGUGCAAAUGUGAAAAUGCUGAGGGAUCAAGUCCAUUAAGUCUAUUUAUUGUCUUAUAACACUCGAUAAGCGACGAAAAUAAUCUUCUUUGUAGAAGAAAAUGUAGAUGAAAAAAAAUGAAAAGUAGAAAAAAAAAAAAUGACGGUAUUUUCCCACAUUUCCAAAGAAAACUUGGCGAACAGUUUACAUGAAAAAUAUGAAAUUGGCUUUCCUAGACUUGUGACACGCCUUCAGCCGGGUCACUGUUUCUCGAUAGUAGGGACACGCACCUAGCAGUAGUUUUCUGGAAUAGACACAUCAGUGCCUUAGAUGUUUUUCAGCGAUGCUCCCUUUUAUCAUGAUGAGUUUCAUAUGGAAAAUGCAACUAAAAUUUAAAAGAAACAAAAAUCACUUAGUUUGAAACAUGAUCAACGACAGAAACGACUUAAUAGUUUUCUGGGUUGAACACAUCUCCUGUACUUAGAAACGGUUCCAACAAAAUAAAUGGAGUGGUUUUUAUUGGUAAUAAAAACGAAAUAUUUAUAAACUUUCCUUUUAUGAUAAAAUUGUCUCGGUUAUGUUUCAGCGAUUCUGGUUAUUAUUACGAUGACAAAAAGGACGCAAAGAAGCUUGAUUCAGGCUCCAGUAGCUACUAGUAAGUAAUAAAAAUAAUAACUGUUUAUUCACAAAUCCAAAUCGGAAAGUGAAAAGGAGAUAAAAGAGGUUAUCCAUUUCUAGUUUAUCUCCUGAUAAUAAAAUACAUUAAGAAAUAAAUUAUUUACAACUGUUUAAAAUAGUAACUAUAUAUGUAUAUAAAACUUCACACAGUAAAAAGAACUUAGUGUUCACUAGGAAAAUCUGUAAGAUAACGUCUCAGUCUGUUCUUGAAAAUAUUCAAAUUCUCCGCCUCGGCAACUUCCUUUGGAAGAUUGUUCCACUUAUCUAUUAUGCGUUUUAAGAAAGAAUGUUUAAAACUAUUUAAAAUUGCUGAUGCAAGCUUAAGUUUAAAACGAUGGUUGGCUCUUAAGGGCCGAAAAUCAUGUGCAAAUGUGAAAAAUGCUGAGGGAUCAAGUCCAUUAAGUCUAUUUAUUGUCUUAUAACACUCGAUAAGCGACGAAAAUAAUCUUCUUUGUAGAAGAAAAUGUAGAUGAAAAAAAUGAAAAGUAGAAAAAAAAUGACGGUAUUUUCCCACAUUUCCAAAGAAAACUUGGCGAACAGUUUACAUGAAAAAUAUGAAAUUGGCUUUCCUAGACUUGUGACACGCCUUCAGCCGGGUCACUGUUUCUCGAUAGUAGGGACACGCACCUAGCAGUAGUUUUCUGGAAUAGACACAUCAGUGCCUUAGAUGUUUUUCAGCGAUGCUCCCUUUUAUCAUGAUAAGUUUCAUAUGGAAAAUGCAACUAAAAUUUAAAAGAAACAAAAAAUCACUUAGUUUGAAACAUGAUCAACGACAGAAACGACUUAAUAGUUUUCUGGGUUGAACACAUCUCCUGUACUUAGAAACGGUUCCAACAAAAUAAAUGGAGUGGUUUUUAUUGGUAAUAAAAACGAAAUAUUUAUAAACUUUCCUUUUAUGAUAAAAUUGUCUCGGUUAUGUUUCAGCGAUUCUGGUUAUUAUUACGAUGACAAAAAGGACGCAAAGAAGCUUGAUUCAGGCUCCAAUAGCUACUAGUAAGUACUAAAAAUAAUAACUGUUUAUUCACAAAUCCAAAUCGGAAAGUGAAAAGGAGAUAAAAGAGGUUAUCCAUUUCUAGUUUAUCUCCUGAUAAUAAAAUACAUUAACAAAUAAAUUAUUUACAACUGUUUAAAAUAGUAACUAUAUAUGUAUAUAAAACUUCACACAGUAAAAGAACUUAGUGUUCACUAGGAAAAUCUGUAAGAUAACGUCUCAGUCUGUUCUUGAAAAUAUUCAAAUUCUCCGCCUCGGCAACUUCCUUUGGAAGAUUGUUCCACUUAUCUAUUAUGCGUAUUAAGAAAGAAUGUUUAAAACUAUUUAAAAUUGCUGAUGUAAGCUUAAGUUUAAAACGAUGGUUGGCUCUUAAGGGCCGAAAAUCAUGUGCAAAUGUGAAAAAUGCUGAGGGAUCAAGUCCAUUAAGUCUAUUUAUUGUCUUAUAACACUCGAUAAGCGACGAAAAUAAUCUUCUUUGUAGAAGAAAAUGUAGAUGAAAAAAAUGAAAAGUAGAAAAAAAAUGACGGUAUUUUCCCACAUUUCCAAAGAAAACUUGGCGAACAGUUUACAUGAAAAAUAUGAAAUUGGCUUUCCUAGACUUGUGACACGCCUUCAGCCGGGUCACUGUUUCUCGAUAGUAGGGACACGCACCUAGUAGUAGUUUUCUGGAAUAGACACAUCAGUGCCUUAGAUGUUUUUCAGCGAUGCUCCCUUUUAUCAUGAUAAGUUUCAUAUGGAAAAUGCAACUAAAAUUUAAAAGAAACAAAAAAUCACUUAGUUUGAAACAUGAUCAACGACAGAAACGACUUAAUAGUUUUCUGGGUUGAACACAUCUCCUGUACUUAGAAACGGUUCCAACAAAAUAAAUGGAGUGGUUUUUAUUGGUAAUAAAAACGAAAUAUUUAUAAACUUUCCUUUUAUGAUAAAAUUGUCUCGGUUAUGUUUCAGCGAUUCUGGUUAUUAUUACGAUGACAAAAAGGACGCAAAGAAGCUUGAUUCAGGCUCCAAUAGCUACUAGUAAGUAAUAAUAAUAAUAACUGUUUAUUCACAAAUCCAAAUCGGAAAGUGAAAAGGAGAUAAAAGAGGUUAUCCAUUUCUAGUUUAUCUCCUGAUAAUAAAAUACAUCAACAAAUAAAUUAUUUACAACUGUUUAAAAUAGUAACUAUAUAUGUAUAUAAAACUUCACACAGUAAAAGAACUUAGUGUUCACUAGGAAAAUCUGUAAGAUAACGUCUCAGUCUGUUCUUGAAAAUAUUCAAAUUCUCCGCCUCGGCAACUUCCUUUGGAAGAUUGUUCCACUUAUCUAUUAUGCGUAUUAAGAAAGAAUGUUUAAAACUAUUUAAAAUUGCUGAUGCAAGCUUAACUUUAAAACGAUGGUUGGCUCUUAAGGGCCGAAAAUCAUGUGCAAAUGUGAAAAAUGCUGAGGGAUCAAGUCCAUUAAGUCUAUUUAUUGUCUUAUAACACUCGAUAAGCGACGAAAAUAAUCUUCUUUGUAGAAGAAAAUGUAGAUGAAAAAAAUGAAAAGUAGAAAAAAAAAAAAUGACGGUAUUUUCCCACAUUUCCAAAGAAAACUUGGCGAACAGUUUACAUGAAAAAUAUGAAAUUGGCUUUCCUAGACUUGUGACACGCCUUCAGCCGGGUCACUGUUUCUCGAUAGUAGGGACACGCACCUAGCAGUAGUUUUCUGGAAUAGACACAUCAGUGCCUUAGAUGUUUUUCAGCGAUGCUCCCUUUUAUCAUGAUAAGUUUCAUAUGGAAAAUGCAACUAAAAUUUAAAAGAAACAAAAAAUCACUUAGUUUGAAACAUGAUCAACGACAGAAACGACUUAAUAGUUUUCUGGGUUGAACACAUCUCCUGUACUUAGAAACGGUUCCAACAAAAUAAAUGGAGUGGUUUUUAUUGGUAAUAAAAACGAAAUAUUUAUAAACUUUCCUUUUAUGAUAAAAUUGUCUCGGUUAUGUUUCAGCGAUUCUGGUUAUUAUUACGAUGACAAAAAGGACGCAAAGAAGCUUGAUUCAGGCUCCAAUAGCUACUAGUAAGUAAUAAUAAUAAUAACUGUUUAUUCACAAAUCCAAAUCGGAAAGUGAAAAGGAGAUAAAAGAGGUUAUCCAUUUCUAGUUUAUCUCCUGAUAAUAAAAUACAUUAAGAAAUAAAUUAUUUACAACUGUUUAAAAUAGUAACUAUAUAUGUAUAUAAAACUUCACACAGUAAAAGAACUUAGUGUUCACUAGGAAAAUCUGUAAGAUAACGUCUCAGUCUGUUCUUGAAAAUAUUCAAAUUCUCCGCCUCGGCAGCUUCCUUUGGAAGAUUGUUCCACUUAUCUAUUAUGCGUAUUAAGAAAGAAUGUUUAAAACUAUUUAAAAUUGCUGAUGCAAGCUUAACUUUAAAACGAUGGUUGGCUCUUAAGGGCCGAAAAUCAUGUGCAAAUGUGAAAAAUGCUGAGGGAUCAAGUCCAUUAAGUCUAUUUAUUGUCUUAUAACACUCGAUAAGCGACGGAAAUAAUCUUCUUUGUAGAAGAAAAUGUAGAUGAAAAAAAUGAAAAGUAGAAAAAAAAAAUGACGGUAUUUUUCCCACAUUUCCAAAGAAAACUUGGCGAACAGUUUACAUGAAAAAUAUGAAAUUGGCUUUCCUAGACUUGUGACACGCCUUCAGCCGGGUCACUGUUUCUCGAUAGUAGGGACACGCACCUAGCAGUAGUUUUCUGGAAUAGACACAUCAGUGCCUUAGAUGUUUUUCAGCGAUGCUCCCUUUUAUCAUGAUAAGUUUCAUAUGGAAAAUGCAACUAAAAUUUAAAAGAAACAAAAAAUCACUUAGUUUGAAACAUGAUCAACGACAGAAACGACUUAAUAGUUUUCUGGGUUGAACACAUCUCCUGUACUUAGAAACGGUUCCAACAAAAUAAAUGGAGUGGUUUUUAUUGGUAAUAAAAACGAAAUAUUUAUAAACUUUCCUUUUAUGAUAAAAUUGUCUCGGUUAUGUUUCAGCGAUUCUGGUUAUUAUUACGAUGACAAAAAGGACGCAAAGAAGCUUGAUUCAGGCUCCAAUAGCUACUAGUAAGUAAUAAUAAUAAUAACUGUUUAUUCACAAAUCCAAAUCGGAAAGUGAAAAGGAGAUAAAAGAGGUUAUCCAUUUCUAGUUUAUCUCCUGAUAAUAAAAUACAUUAAGAAAUAAAUUAUUUACAACUGUUUAAAAUAGUAACUAUAUAUGUAUAUAAAACUUCACACAGUAAAAGAACUUAGUGUUCACUAGGAAAAUCUGUAAGAUAACUUCUCAGUCUGUUCUUGAAAAUAUUCAAAUUCUCCGCCUCGGCAGCUUCCUUUGGAAGAUUGUUCCACUUAUCUAUUAUGCGUAUUAAGAAAGAAUGUUUAAAACUAUUUAAAAUUGCUGAUGUAAGCUUAACUUUAAAACGAUGGUUGGCUCUUAAGGGCCGAAAAUCAUGUGCAAAUGUGAAAAAUGCUGAGGGAUCAAGUCCAUUAAGUCUAUUUAUUGUCUUAUAACACUCGAUAAGCGACGAAAAUAAUCUUCUUUGUAGAAGAAAAUGUAGAUGAAAAAAAUGAAAAGUAGAAAAAAAAUGACGGUAUUUUCCCACAUUUCCAAAGAAAACUUGGCGAACAGUUUACAUGAAAAAUAUGAAAUUGGCUUUCCUAGACUUGUGACACGCCUUCAGCCGGGUCACUGUUUCUCGAUAGUAGGGACACGCACCUAGCAGUAGUUUUCUGGAAUAGACACAUCAGUGCCUUAGAUGUUUUUCAGCGAUGCUCCCUUUUAUCAUGAUAAGUUUCAUAUGGAAAAUGCAACUAAAAUUUAAAAGAAACAAAAAAUCACUUAGUUUGAAACAUGAUCAACGACAGAAACGACUUAAUAGUUUUCUGGGUUGAACACAUCUCCUGUACUUAGAAACGGUUCCAACAAAAUAAAUGGAGUGGUUUUUAUUGGUAAUAAAAACGAAAUAUUUAUAAACUUUCCUUUUAUGAUAAAAUUGUCUCGGUUAUGUUUCAGCGAUUCUGGUUAUUAUUACGAUGACAAAAAGGACGCAAAGAAGCUUGAUUCAGGCUCCAGUAGCUACUAGUAAGUAAUAAAAAUAAUAACUGUUUAUUCACAAAUCCAAAUCGGAAAGUGAAAAGGAGAUAAAAGAGGUUAUCCAUUUCUAGUUUAUCUCCUGAUAAUAAAAUACAUUAAGAAAUAAAUUAUUUACAACUGUUUAAAAUAGUAACUAUAUAUGUAUAUAAAACUUCACACAGUAAAAGAACUUAGUGUUCACUAGGAAAAUCUGUAAGAUAACGUCUCAGUCUGUUCUUGAAAAUAUUCAAAUUCUCCGCCUCGGCAACUUCCUUUGGAAGAUUGUUCCACUUAUCUAUUAUGCGUAUUAAGAAAGAAUGUUUAAAACUAUUUAAAAUUGCUGAUGUAAGCUUAACUUUAAAACGAUGGUUGGCUCUUAAGGGCCGAAAAUCAUGUGCAAAUGUAAAAAAAUGCUGAGGGAUCAAGUCCAUUAAGUCUAUUUAUUGUCUUAUAACACUCGAUAAGCGACGAAAAUAAUCUUCUUUGUAGAAGAAAAUGUAGAUGAAAAAAAUGAAAAAGUAAAAAAAAUGACGGUAUUUUCCCACAUUUCCAAAAGAAAACUUGGCGAACAGUUUACAUGAAAAAUAUGAAAUUGGCUUUCCUAGACUUGUGACACGCCUUCAGCCGGGUCACUGUUUCUCGAUAGUAGGGACACGCACCUAGCAGUAGUUUUCUGGAAUAGACACAUCAGUGCCUUAGAUGUUUUUCAGCGAUGCUCCCUUUUAUCAUGAUAAGUUUCAUAUGGAAAAUGCAACUAAAAUUUAAAAGAAACAAAAAAUCACUUAGUUUGAAACAUGAUCAACGACAGAAACGACUUAAUAGUUUUCUAGGUUGAACACAUCUCCUGUACUUAGAAACGGUUCCAACAAAAUAAAUGGAGUGGUUUUUAUUGGUAAUAAAAACGAAAUAUUUAUAAACUUUCCUUUUAUGAUAAAAUUGUCUCGGUUAUGUUUCAGCGAUUCUGGUUAUUAUUACGAUGACAAAAAGGACGCAAAGAAGCUUGAUUCAGGCUAUUACUAG